GGCGACGGCAACAAACACACACAGACCUGGCUCUCCUCCGGACCGGUUUCUACUUUUCUACGACAGACUUGGUUUCGCCGCUGCCGAGACCGGUACCGCCUAGAUCUGAGCAGUUCCAUUGGCAUGUCCUGCGAACUAAAGUACUCUCUCGCAAUUAAAAAAUACCGAGACGUCGGCGCGCGUGUGGGCGGCGUUCCAAUCGACUUAUUCCGUUGUUUACAAAAAAGCGCGUACUAGUUAGUGCGGAAAAACAUGCGGCUGGUGGUACCUUUGGUGGUGGCCGCGGUCCUCUUGGUCUUGGAGCUGUCGGAGGUGUCCUGCGGGGCACCCAAGGCCGCCAUUUACGUGGACAACGGCCGCGGACAGACGGCGAUUGAUAGGAUGAUGUCCACGGACGAGAAAAGGGAAAUAGAAUUGGAAUUUUUGAAUUUGUUGGGACUGCCCAAUAGGCCGAGAAAAAUAAACAAAGCCACGGUAAAGAAGUCUGCACCGAAGUUUCUGUUGGACAUCUACCAGUCCCUUUUAGAUGAAGACGAGGACGACGAUGAGCAUACCAGGAGGAAAAGAAGCGCCGAGUUGGGAUUUAGCGGCGAGGAGCAACAGAAAAUCGACCAGAGCGAUGUCAUUAUGACAUUAGAAAGCAUAAAUCAUCAUGUGGACAGUGUCAGACACGAGAGAGGCAAAAGACUGUGGUUUGACGUUUCUGAACUUCCGGUCGCAGAAGACAUUGUCGGCGCCGAACUCAGAAUCUACCAGAACCAAUCCCUUUCAAGACAUAGAGGCGGAAAUUACACAGUUACAGCUUACCAACUUACUGACAGUACUGAAGGAGAGAACGAAUUGGAAUACAUAUCAGAAGUAGAAACUUCGUUUGAUUUCACAGGCUGGUUAGGGGUCAACGUUACCAGAUGUUUGGCUAGUUGGGUGGCUUUUCCGAACUCAAAUCGAGGAAUUUAUUUGUCAGUACAUCAAGCAGAUAAAAGUCAUGAAGUCAGACCCGAAGAUAUAGGUUUAGUUACUGUGAGAGGAGAAGACACAACUCAACCUUUCAUGGUAGCUUUUCUUAAAGCUUCCACUAAUGUGAAACCAAGGACUAGAAGAGAACUUAGGACAAGAGUGAAGAAAUCUGAUAUAACCAACUUUUAUCAACGAAGUAUAGAACAGGAUACAAGAAGUACGUGUAAAAUCAACACACUGUAUAUUAGCUUUAAGGAUCUCAAAUGGCAGGACUGGAUCAUAGCUCCUGAAGGAUACGCAGCCUACUUUUGUCACGGAGAGUGCAAUUUCCCGCUGAACGCUCACAUGAACGCCUCCAACCACGCGAUCGUCCAGACUUUGGUCCACCUGAUGACACCUACCAAAUUCCCGAAAUCCUGUUGCGCACCUACAAAAUUAUCACCCAUUUCGGUGCUGUACUUCUUGGACGAUCACAACGUUGUCCUAAAGAAAUAUAGGCAGAUGGUGGUGAAAACUUGUGGCUGUCGAUAAGUCUUAACUGUAUACAAUUGCAGGUGUUCUUAUUUAUAGUACCAUUUGAUCAAAUCCAGACAGUAGUGUCAGUAUUUUUAUGAUUAAUAUUUUCAGCGAUUUUAAAUACUUAUAGAUUUUUUUUAUUUUUUUUUCUGAUAUAACUUCUCAUUUUAGUAAUUUCGACGGUAAUUCGUUGAUGAUUUAUUUUUUAAUUGUAACACAAUAUUUUGUUUAUUUUUAUUCUCAUUAUUCUGCUUUCAAAAGACUUUAUUCUCUAACAUUAUACUUUAUAACGAAAAAAAUACAUAAAGAAUUUUUUCUCUAACACUUUAUAGUUAUUUUACAUUUAUCUAAUGUUAUACAGGGUGGUCCGAAUUGUAUUUGGGAAACUUCGGCACCAUAUUCUUCAGAUAAUAAUAAGCAAACAAGUUUGUAUAAAUGUAUGUCGUAAAAUGUUUAGUUUCGGAGAUACAGGGUGUAGAAGUUUCAUUUUUAUUUCGUUUUUUCGAAAUAAUUUCGGAACUAACGUCAAAAUUUGGAGGAAAAUUUGUGUCUGGGUGCUUUUUGGCAUGAGAAAAUGAGGUGAUAGUGGCAUAAAAAUCGAAUUUUUCAUGUCAAAAAUUAUCCAGACAUUUUCAUCCAAAUGGACGUACGUUACUUUAAUUCGGACCACUCUGUAUACGAUGAAUACAUAGAUAAGUGUUAAAAACUGAAAUUUUCAUUAAAUUGGUGAUCAUUUUUUGAUCAUAUGGUACCUAUUUCAAAAAUUGAUAUUCCCAAUAUAGUGAGAGAAAAGAAUAUAUUAAAAAAUAUAUUAAAUAUAACAAAUUUUAAGGAAAACAUCCAUAGGAAAAAUAGCAUACCAUAUACCAUGUAACCGAAUAAAAACCGCGUCACGCUCCUAGUAGAGAUGACAUUUCUGUUCGCGCUUUAUUACCUCUAUAACUAAAAUUCUUGACAGUGGCAGAUCAGAUUUUUGAAGUUAUUGUUAUAAUGAUAAUAAAGCAAGUAGAUGUUAGAUGUUGGUUAGAUAUAAAUGUACUUAUUUGAUUUAUAGAGUUUUAAAGUUUAAAAAACAAUUUAAAAACGGGCAAAUCAAUUAUGACUCAUCAUGAUUAUCUGUCACUGAUCUUGUCAAUAUAGAUCGUUCUGAUAUGUUAUUCCUACGCCCAUUAUGAUGCCAUUUUUAUUGGUUUGCAUUUUAUUUUAUUGUAAAUAAUCAUCCGAAUGUAGUACAACCGAUUUUAUUUGUAUCUCUAAAUCUCUAAUAUAGUAGACAAAAAUGAACAAAUUAUAUAUGACAAAUGAUAGGUACACAUAUUACGUACAAUCAGUGAUGGGCGGUGGGUAAAUACCCAAUGAAGUAUAAUGGGUAUAAUAAACAAGUUUGGGUAUAUACCUAGAAGGUGUAGGGUAUAUAACCAUUGAGGGUAUAUUUUGCCGGGAAACCCUCCUAUAAAAUUCGAUUAUUCACCUAACCUAAAUCGAACUGCCUGUGUUGUGCUGUAUUUUCGAUACAAUUAAGGCUAUUAUCGUUGCUAUUAGGCUAUUGUACAGUCUUUGAGGGGCAAGAGAAGUAAGGUAACAAAAUUUUUUGUUAAAAUUUGUGAUAUAACGUCAAAUUUACAAGUCAACCAUACUUGAGUAUACCGGGUGCGUCUCAAAAGUGGCUUACCCCUAUAACUUUUUUAUUUUUUUAGUUAAAAAAACGAGAUUUGGUAUGUUAGUAUAUGAC